AUGGCCGACGAAGCUACAAAGUCGAUGGCGAAGCUUCAGCUCGACGAGGAGACUGGCGAGAUGGUCUCCAAGGCUGAGCUGAAGAAGCGCCUGCAGAAGCGCGCAAAGAAGGCAGCCCAGGAAAAGGCUCGUCAGGAAAAGGCCGCCGCUGGCCCGGUCGAAAAGAAGGCGCCGGCACCCAAGCCGGAGGAGACCCCCAUCGACCCCGAGGCCAUGUUCAAACAGGGCUUCCUCGACGACGUCUACAAAGAGCGCCCGGUCAAGAACGUCAUUACACGUUUCCCCCCCGAGCCAAACGGAUACCUCCACAUUGGACACGCCAAAGCUAUCGCGGUCAACUUUGGAUUUGCCAAAUACCAUGGCGGCGUGACCUACCUACGAUUCGACGACACGAACCCCGAGAAGGAGGAGGAAAAGUACUUUGACGCCAUCCAGGAGAUUGUCAAAUGGCUUGGGUUUGAGCCCUACAAGGUCACAUACUCUAGUGACAAUUUUCAGAAGCUGUAUGAUCUGGCAGAGAAGCUGAUCAACAUUGGCAAGGCCUACGUCUGCUAUUGCGAAGACACCGAGAUCAAGCUCCAGCGCGGUGGCGAAAAGGGUGCCAACCCUAGAUAUCGCUGCAAGCAUGCUGACCAGACCCCCGAGGACAACCUGGCCAAAUUUCGAGACAUGCGCGACGGAAAGUACAAGCCUCGCGAAGCUUUUCUGCGCAUGAAGCAGGAUAUAACGGACGGCAAUCCUCAGAUGUGGGAUUUGGCCGCAUACCGCAUAAAGACCGACACCCCUCACCACCGCACCGGCUGGGACUGGAAGAUUUACCCGACCUACGACUUUACUCACUGCCUGUGUGAUAGUUUCGAGGAUAUCACACACUCGCUCUGCACCACCGAGUUUAUUCUCAGCCGUGUUUCGUACGAGUGGCUGAAUAAGUCACUUGGGGUGUACGAACCGAUGCAGAGAGAAUAUGGACGUCUGAACCUGACGGGCACAGUGCUUUCGAAGCGCAAGAUUCUCAAGCUGGUAGAGGAAAAGGUUGUUCGCGAUUGGGAUGACCCUAGACUGUAUACACUGAUUGCCAUCCGACGUCGUGGUGUCCCUCCCGGGGCCAUUCUCGAGUUUGUCAACGAGCUUGGCGUCACCACAAACAUUACGACUAUUCAGAUCCACCGUUUUGAGCAGAGCAUUCGCAAGUACCUCGAAAAGACGGUACCACGUCUGAUGAUGAUCCUCGACCCUGUUCCUGUCGUGAUUGAGGAUGCCGAGGAAGUUGAGGUGGACAUUCCAUUCUCUCCCAAGGAUCCCAAUAUGGGAUCGCACAAAGUCAAGUUCACACCCACUGUCUACAUUGAUCGUUCCGAUUUCCGUGAGGAGGAUAGCAAGGACUACUUCCGUCUUGCGCCAGGCAAAUCGGUCGGUCUGCUCCACGCUCCCUACCCCAUCAAGGCUACCUCCUUCACCAAGGACGAGGCCACUGGCAAGGUCAAGGAGAUCCGCGCCGUGUUCGACAAGGAACUGAAAAAAGCAAAGACUUAUAUCCAGUGGGUUGGAACUGCUGGGUCGAGGACGGUGGAGGCCCGCAUUCACAACGCCCUGUUCAAGUCGGAGAAGCCCGAAGACGCUGAGGGAGGUUUCCUCAACGACUUGAACCCGGAGAGCGAAAUCAUCUAUCCCGAUGCUCUCAUUGAGUCGGGCUUUGACGAGGUCAAGCGUCGCGCUCCCUGGCCUGAGGCGGCGGGCGAGAGCGCACUGGGCGUGGGCGGGCCGGAAAGUGUGCGUUUCCAGGCCCUCCGUGUUGCCUACUUUGCUGUAGAUUCCGAUAGCACCGACGACAAGAUUGUUCUCAACCGCAUCGUGAGCUUGAAGGAAGACGCAGGAAAGAAAUGA